AUGGCUGAGCUUCUAACUGAUGAGUUAGGCCAAGCAUUCGAAAUAGCAGAUCAAGACGGCUCGUACUGUAUAAAGGGGCACGAGUGCAUCUCUAACAACAUUUCUGUUGUAAGGGCAAUUGCAUCGUUCCUGUCAACAUCUCUUGGUCCAACAGGGAUGGACAAGAUUCUUCAGAGCGAGGACGAUGAUAUAGUUGUCACAAAUGACGGCGCAACAAUACUCAAAAACAUGGGAAUGCAUGAAAACCCGGUGUCAAGGAUGAUCUGUCAACUAAGCGAUUCUCAAGACGAGGAGGUUGGCGAUGGAACAACAAGUGUUGUGAUCAUUGCAGCUGCGCUGCUAAAAGAAGCUCAGGCACUUCUUGCACAUGGAAUGCAUCCAAUAAAGAUAUCUGAGGCAUUUGAGCUUGCGCUUGGUCAUGCUGUGCAACACCUGACAGACAUAUCUGAAGAAAUAAAAGAUGUUAGGGAAACAAUGAUCAAGGCUGCAAAGACAAGCCUUGGAAGUAAGAUAGUAAGUAAGUCACUCGACAUGUUUGCAGAGAUGUGCACAGAUGCAGUAAUGAUGGUUGCAGACAUAGACAGAAAAGACGUUGACUUUGAACUGAUUAGCAUUGAAGGUAAGGUUGGAAGAGAUGUAUCUGAUAGCAUGCUUGUGAAGGGUGUUGUGAUCAACAAAGAAUUUAGUCACCCGCAAAUGGUCAAGCAUGUUGAGGAUGCAAAGAUAGCAUUAUUGAGUUGCCCAUUUGAGCCACCAAAGCUCAAGACAAAGCAUAGUCUUGUUAUAUCAAGCACUGAGGAGUACAGACAGCUGGAGGAGUACGAAAAGAAUAAAUUUGUGGAGAUGAUUGAAAAAGUCAAGCACAGUGGAGCAAACCUUGUUAUGUGUCAGUGGGGAUUUGAUGAUGAAGCAAACUCAAUGCUUAUGGAAAGCAAUCUACCAGCUGUAAGAUGGGUUGGAGGACAUGAACUUGAACUUCUAGCAGUUCACACAGGGGCAUUCAUAAUUGCAAGGUUUGAGGAUCUGCAGGAAGGUGAUCUUGGAAGUGCAAGUGUUAGAGAAGAAUGCCUAGGAACUGAAAAUGACAGGAUUAUAGUGGUUGAGAAUAAUAAGUGUAAUAAGGCAGUCACGGUGCUUAUACGAGGUGCAAAUGACCUUAUUAUUGAAGAGGCAAAGAGAUCUGUUAGGGAUGCGCUGUGUGCAGUUAGGAAUGUGAUUACAAACACAAGGGUGGUUUAUGGAGGUGGAUCCUGUGAAAUGGCAUGCUCGCUGUCACUCGAGAGAUAUGCAGAAAUGCAUGCAGGAGGUGAUCGCCUUGGCAUCCUGGGAUUUGGCAGAGCUCUUGAGGAGAUUCCACUAUGUCUUGGAAGGAAUAGCGGAUACGAUGCGAUCAGAAGCAUAUUGAAUCUGAGGAAGGCACAGAUUGAUAGUAAAAACCAUAGGAUUGGAGUUGACUGCCUGGGAAGUGGAGAAAGCGACAUGAAGAAGCUUGGUAUUUUUGAUACGUUGAACAGCAAGGUAAGGCAGCUGCAAAUGGCAACGCAGCUUGUCACAAUGAUCAUGAAGAUCGAUAAUGUGGUCUCCGAGUCACUGCUCUGA